UCGGUAGCUAAGCGAGCGACGUGUGUGAGUGGAGAGACAUUCUUACGUGGUGUGUGUGUGUAAAGUUAGCCGGCAGUAGCCAGCAGUUCAUCUGCAUUUUUGAAAGACUGCAGAAAGAGGGUCUCAACGCUGAGGAGAUAUCCGAGCUGCAGCGGGAAAUUUAUAAAACGAAGCGACGUAGACGAUGUUAUGUCGCAGCAAAGAUUAAUCGACGGGAAGGUAAUUGAAUGUCGAAUACAAGUUGCGGAAAGAUCCGAAGUUGAAAAAGGUACAAGGUGCGAAAAAGGUACGAGGUACGAAAAAGGUGAACGCACCUUGAUAUUGGAAAUAGAGAAAUUAACCUUGAUAUUGGAAAUAGAGGACCUAAAGCUCCUCCAAUUCUUUUGACGCAAACAUGCCAAAACUAAGGAAACGCAUGUUUUAUACUCAUCGCCAUAGGGAUAGACUUGUAAAAAAUACAAUACGUGAAGUUAUACAAGCCUUUGAUCAUGAUGAAGUGGAUUAUUUAACUGAAUCUGGUUCAGCACAGUCAGACACUGACAUUUACAGACAAUUGCAGCAAAACUCAGAUUCUUCGUUCGAACAUGAAGGAAAUGUUAGUUACCAAUUAAUACAACAAAAAGCAACAGUAGAAAAUGAAGAAAUAGAAGAAGGGGAAGAAGUAAAUAUUAAUGUAAUUGAGGGUGGCAUCCCGUCAGACGAUUACGAUAGUGAAGAUUCAGUUGAGUCGGAAGACGAAAACAAUGGAAUUGAUAUCGUUAGAUUGCGCCAAAAUUUAGUGCAAUGGAGUCAUAACAACGACAUAUGUAUAUCCGCCAUAACUAAUCUUUUGCGCGUCUUAAGGAAAGAAGAGAUUAUGAACUGCCUUCCAGCAGAUGGCCGAACACUCUUAAGGACUCCCAGGACGGCAAACACAAUUGUAAUGGAACAUGGCCGAUACUGUUAUUUCGAAAUAGAGAAGGGCUUACGGCAUACUAUUGAAAUAAGUGGUACCAGACGCGUACCUGAAGAAAUACAUUUGUCUAUUAAUGUAGAUGGAUUACCGCUUGUAAAAAGUUCGAAGAGCCAACUGUGGACUAUUCUUGCAAGUUUUCGCAAUUUUGUUAACAAGACACCAUUCCUGGUUGGAGCAUUUCAUGGAUAUGAAAAGCCGCCAGCUGCUGGUGUAUUUUUAUAUGACUUUGUCGAAGAAACUGAAAAACUGAUGCAAAAUGGCUUUAAUUGGAAAGGCAAUAACAUAAAAUUUUUUAUUGAUUGCUUCAUAUGUGAUGCGCCUGCAAGGGCUUAUAUUUCCUGUACAAAAGGCCACACAGGAUAUUACGGCUGUCCAAAAUGUGAAACUAAAGGCAUCUACAGAGGAAAAAUAGUGUUUCCAGAAAUGAAUAGUCCGUUGCGUACUGCGGAAUCAUUUAUCAAUCAAACUCAAAAGCAGCAUCAUACUGGAGUAAGUCCCUUAUUAGAUAUUGUCACGGACAUGGUUUUGGAUAUGCCUCACGACUAUAUGCAUUUAGUUUUAUUGGGACAAACGAAAAAAAUGUUAAAGAUAAUGACAGGAAAACUAAGUGCAAUGAAACUGGGGACGCAACAAAUUAGCGAUAUUUCAAAGAGACAGGUUGCUUUAAGAAAGCAUAUCCCGUUUGAUUUUGCUCGGAAACCAAGAGCAUUAGAUGAACUUGAUCGUAUGAAAGCGACUGAAUAUCGAGAAUUUUUAUUGUAUACUGGACCAAUCGUAUUGCGUAAGAUUGUGCGGCAAGAUGUAUAUGAACAUUUUCUUAAACUGUCUGUCGCAAUACGUAUCUUAGCAAUGCAUGGAAUAAAUGUGGAUCAAAACAGGUAUGCGAAAAGUUUACUUGAGGCGUACUUUAUCGAUUUUAUAAAAUUAUAUGGAGAAAACAACGUGACAUAUAAUACCCACGGUUUGCUACACCUCGCUGAUGAUGCCUUGAAAUGGGGAGCCCUAGACGAAUUCUCAGCUUUUAUUUUUGAAAAUCAAUUGCAACAAAUAAAGAAAAUGGUCAGAAAAAACGAUAAACCUCUUGAACAACUUAGCAAUAGAAUAUUUGAAAUAAGAAGUAUUCAAAGCAACAUUAUCACCAUUGAUAAUACCAUUAAUACGUACAAACUAGGUGCUGAAUGUUACAACGGAUGCUUAAUAAAUGAAUGCAGAGGGCCUAUGUACAAGAAGAUCGAGUUUAAACAUUUUAUAAUUACUACAAAAGCACCUAAUAACUAUUGUAUUAUGACUGAUGAGAGCAUUGUUUUGGUAAAAAGUAUAUGUCAUAGAAAUAAUGGUAUUGUGGUUAUUGGAAAAAUAUUGAAAAAUGGAACACCAUUUUUUACUUCUCCUGCACCUUCGACUUGCUUUGGAAUUGUGCAAUUUUCCGGUACAUACAGUUCCUUACGAGUAUUUUCAAUUGAUGACAUAAAAAAUAAAGCCGUUGUUUUACCUGUUUUUGAUGAAUGUUACCGAUAUGAAGAUCGCCAUAACAAUAUUGUAGUUUUUCCACUUAUUCACAAUCAGUAAUUUGAAAAUAUUUAAUAUGUAAAUGUACGGCUUCAUAC